AUGCAGGACCCAUCAACCCGUGCCACCUUGCUAACCAACUUAUUUCACAAUCUUGCGGGGAAAUGGCUGCUCAACCGUAAGUUGCACAGUGCCGACGAAACCGAGCCGUCUGGCAAGUGUCACGGAGAAGCAACCUUCACCAUCACUCAACCAUCUCCAGUCAUUGAUUCCGAUGGCUCACUUCAUCUCGCAGACGCCGAGCUGCUCUAUCAUGAACAGGGCGAAUUUGAGAUGACCACGUCCACCCAGAUUCGUGGCGAGGUACUCAAGUUCGUCUUCUCAAGGAAGUACAUCUGGCGGCUGCAAACUACUCAGGAUGUCCAUACCAUUAGUGUCUGGUUCACAAAACCUGGCACUGAUGCCAUUGACUAUCUGUUCCACAAAAUUGAAAUCCCUCUACUAUCCGAGCAUGACUCGGGGCUCUCUACACAAGAGAUCACCCUAAGUGGAAGCGGUGGCCAUCUCUGUGUCGAAGACUUCUACAGCAGUUCUUACUCCUUUCACUUGAACCCCCCGUCCAGCGGCCCAGAACUACUGUCUUGGUUCACGACAACACACGAAGUUCGUGGGCCUAAGAAAGACCAGCUGAUCGAAACGACCUUUUCACGAAUCUAG